AUGGAGAAAGUGGUAACGGCUGACGGAGAGGAGGAACUUGGCCGGAAAAAGCCUCCGGAAGGAGGGCCACCUAGCCAACGCAUGUCCUUCAAGGAAAAACUGAUGGGGAGCACGGAGAAACAACCUGUGAAAGAGAGAGUAGACUUGUUUGAUACCGGCAAGAUGACGGUGGAAUAUGUCGACGACAACCCGAUGCUGCCCCGCAUUAGGGUGGACAGAUCUGUUAUUGAAACGAUGUGUGCGCCAUGGAAAGAAGCGUUGGUCGUUUGUCUGCUUGGCAAACGUCUAGGCUACCGCACAAUGAAGGCAAAGCUUGAUAGCACAUGGAAACCCACGGCAGGCUUUGAGUUAAUGGAUGUCGACAAUGAGUUUUACCUAGUGACUUUUGAUAAGGAAGAAGAUAAGAACAAGGUAAUUGGAGGCGGGCCAUGGACGAUCUUCGACCAUUACCUAGAGGUCUCCACCUGGAGCCCGGAGUUUAUCUCCCCGGCGGCGCGAGUUCAGAGAACUCUGGCAUGGAUACGUAUACCGGGACUAAAUGUCGCGUUCUAUGAUGAAAGUUUCCUAAUGUAUGUCGCCCGCGCGAUUGGUCGUCCCAUUAAGGUCGAUACUAACACUCUUUCUGGGGACAGAGGAAGGUUUGCUCGCAUCUGUGUGGAACUCGACCUUACAAAGGCAGUCAUCGGCAGAAUAUGCACAGAGGACUUAUGGUACAAAGUGGAGUAUGAGGGACUCCAUAUCAUAUGUACCAAGUGUGGCUGUUAUGGCCACCGUAGCCCAGAAUGCAAGGGGGCGCCACCGGAGACACUAAAAAAGCAAGAGCCAGCAGGAGCGACAUCUGAGGGUAAAGAUAGAGAAGGGACUCUUGGCCCAGGAUCUCAGGCAGCGGCUCCAAGCUCAGGCAGCGUUUCAGAACCAAUGACGGCGGAGGCCGUGCAAAACCCUAAUCAAAACAAGUUCACUCAGAUGCACACUGGUGGGUCCCAAACUAGUCCUGGCAUUACGCACGUGGCGAGUAUUACGGUGGACGUUAGGGAAAAUGAACAAAAUCAGAAACAGAAUCCCACGAUUGAAGUGGCAGAAGUGGAAAUUCUAGGGGAAUGGAUGACGGUUUCCAAGAAAAAAAAGAAACCGCUGAAAUCAUGGGACAAAGAUCGGGGAGGUAAUCAUGGGAAAUUUAAUUCUAAUGAUGAGCACCAGAAACCAAAGGGAAUAAAGGCCCAAAAUCCGAAGCGGUCCAACGAUGCUAGUGGCCCCCAACGGCCCACUAGGGAGACAGGUAGCAAUGUUGGGAGCCGUGGAAAAGCAACAAUUACCCAGCGGUCAAAGGGAGACAAGUCAGCGAAGGUGGGGCCAUUUGCAGUUUUCUCUCUUGCAAAUCAGGAGGCAAGCUCAAGCACUGAUUGGUUGAACCUAAGCUCCAAAAAACGGCGCACGAGGUUCGAAGAUUGGGACAAACCGAGUGUAUAA